AUGAUACACAUGCUGCGCGUACGGGACGCAGCUCUAUGCGGGCUGCUCUUUUGGGCACACGCGACCGCGGCCCCGCCUAACGCGGCUGGCGAUGCAGCAAACAGCCGCGCUGCGGGUUCCCGAUCCAUAGACGCGGAUGGGCGACGAAAGCUUACAGGCAGGUUCCUACAUAUUACGGACUUUCACCCAGACCCUUUCUACAAGACAUAUUCGAGCACAGAAGCCGAUGCUGCGUGCCAUCGCAAACGCGGACCCGCUGGCCUCUAUGGCGCAGAAACCACAGGAUGCGACUCUCCCUUCGCGCUUGUCAACCAGACGUUCAAGUGGAUUGAAGACAACAUCAAGGACGAUGUAGACUUUGUUAUCUGGACCGGCGACUCGGCGCGACACGACAACGAUGAUGAAAUCCCACGGACGCAGAAGCAGGUCGUGCAGCAGAACGAGUACAUGGUCUCCAAGUUUGCAGAGGUCUUUGGACAGAGCGGCCACGGCCAUGGGCCCAACAGCUUCGCGAUACCCAUAGUACCGACUUUCGGGAACAACGACAUUUUGCCACACAACAUCUUCACAAGCGGGCCAAAUAGGUGGACGACUGAAUUCUUGGACAUAUGGCGCGGUUUCAUACCCGAGGCGCAACGACAUCAGUUUGCGCAAGGAGGCUGGUUUUCGGUCGAGGUGAUUCCUGGGAAGCUGUCGGUCAUCAGCCUGAACACCAUGUACUUCUUCACCUCCAACUCCGCCGUUGACGGCUGCGCAAAGAAACGCGAACCCGGCUACGAACACAUGGAAUGGCUGCGCAUUCAGCUUGAUAUCCUGCGCGAUCGCGGCAUGAAGGCUAUCCUCAUCGGACACGUACCACCUGCUCGCGUCGACAGCAAGGAGAGUUGGGACGAGACCUGUUGGCAGAAGUACACACUCUUUGGACGACAGUUCCGAGACGUUAUUGUAGGAAGUCUGUUCGGGCACAUGAACAUCGACCACUUCAUGCUGCAGGAUUUCGAGCACAUCGAAAAGGACACGGAGAAUGGCAAGAUGGGAGCUUUGGAUGGCAGAUCUGCUCUGGCUGAUGGGGUUCAGCUCCUGGAAGAUGGUGAGGUGACGGUGGCAUCUGCGUCGGAUUAUCUGCUUAAUUUGCGGGAGGCUUGGGCUCAGCUACCUGCGCCCCCGCCGAAAUCGAACAAGAAGUCGCGCUCGAAGAAUGUCGAUGACGAGGAAGAAGAGGAGGAGUCGAUGUGGGAGUGGCUCAUGACCAUGGUCGGGAAGUGGCCAAAAGACCGGAAGGAAGAGAGGAAGAAGUAUCUCGAGAAGAUUGGAGGAAGAUAUGCUGAACGUUACGCGGUAACACAUGUCUCACCCAGCGUAGUACCGAACUACUUCCCCACCCUCCGCAUCAUCGAGUACAACAUCACUGGCUUGGAACAUCUCAGUGUAGCGUCUAGCCCAAUCAGCCCGCCCACGAUCGAGACGCCAGCCGAACAACUCCCGAUUGCCCCCACGGAUUACGACGAGUAUGACGAUUACGACGAUACCGACGACGAAGACGUGGAAACCACGCGAAAGAAGCACAAGGGCAAAAAGGGCAAAAAGAAGCCCCGAAAAUACAAAUUCAAAGUCCCAGACGGCCCUUCGAAAUCCUCUCCACCCGGCCCGGCCUACUCCCCGCAGACCCUGACAUGGACACGUCACAUCCAGUACUUCGCCAACCUCACACACAUCAAUAACGAUUUCCUCGAGCCCUCGCCCGAUGCAGCCAUCGACGACCGUCUCUCCAUCAAGAACGAUGCUGUUAGCACAAUAUUUGGAUUCGGUGUUAGUCCUGACGGUAGGAUCGAGAAUAAGAAGUGGAAUGAGGGUAAGCACAAGAAACACCAGGGUAAGCAGCCGAGACCCGAACCGCACCCGAAUGAGUUUGUGUUUGAGGUGGAAUACGACACGAAGAAAGACCAUGGGUUCAAGGAUCUUACUGUGAGGAGGUGGGUGGAGUAUGCACGGAAGAUUGGGGCGAGUAAGGGGAAGACAAAGGGUGUUGAUGUUGGGGUUGAAGAGGAGGAUGUUGAAGACGCUGUUGAGGAAGGAGAAGACGGUGUUGAAGGAGAAGUAGAGGAUAUGCUGGAGGAAGAAGAAGAAACUGAUGAAGUGGAUGAAAACGACUUCGUCAUCGCAAAACACAAGAAACACAAGCAUAAAAAGGGAAAGAAGGGAAAACACCACAAGAAACACAAGGCGUCCAAGGAAUGGUACACUUUUGUUAAGCGCGCGUUUGUGGGCACUAUGGAUCCGAAGGAGCUUAAAUUGGUGUUUGGGGCUGCGGACGUCGAUGAUGCAUUGGAAGAGGUGAAGGAGAAUAUGGAGUUGUAG